UGCUUCCGCCUAUUCUCCUGUAUCUUUUGGGGGAAGCUUUUGAAUUCCUAUAACUCAACUACAUGGCGAUUGCAACGGUAACUGCUCCACGAUCACCAAAAAUAAAUUACUCCCCGGAUCGCCCAAAAAUGGCGGAUUCAGGUUCUGGGUUGCCGCCAUUUAACGACGAUGAAAGUACCCACGAAGGCGUCCCAAAUAUCCCUGUUGAGAUUGUGAGCGACGAGGAAAUGGCCCUAAUCGAAGCUGCCUUAGCCGCUGCUCGAUCUUCUAUCUCCAGCUCUUCAAGCUCCGCCAUUAAUUCCUCUUCUUCUUCUAAGAUUCUCUUUAACGCCAGAUCUAUUCAGUCAAUUACCCUCCUAUCAAAGAGGGGGCUUUCUGCUGCCCACCCCGAUAUCGAGGAUUUGUGCAAAACUGCGAGUACCCAGAAGAGGGUAAAAGUCAAUGAAUCGCUUUUGCAUCGUUUUAGGAGGAAGAAGGGCUUUGCCGUCACUGAUUUUACUGGCACGGAAUGGUGUGAAAAACAGAAGGUGUUUUCUCUCCAUUCUGGAUCACGGGAAAAAACCAAAGCUGUGGAAGCAGGUAUUGCUCGCCAUGCAAUGCUUGAAGCAGAGGUUGUUAAGAAAGCCAAAGUUCAGGUGAAGUCAGCUGAAGAUAGAUGGGCUUUGAAGCUUCUUAAUUUCACGUUUGGUGUAAACCAACUACUGUUUGAAGGUUUGACUCGCGAACUGCCUGUAAUGGGCUUGAUAGAAGGUGUAUGGAUGGUUGGUGUGAUUGAUGAGGUCCGGAUGUUAGAGACUGACACUGGAAGAAUGCUGAUGUUAGUAGACACUAAAACUCGUUCGCGGGAUACAGUUCCAGCUGAACCACAACAAAGAAAUGGGAAGCUUCAAUUAAUGUGUUAUAAGUACAUAUUGGACAGUCUAAUUCCUGAUGGCUUCUCUUCCAGACAAUUUUUUGAUUUCUUUUCUUUGAAUCCUUACUCCACCUUGUCUGAGGAAAUUACAGAGAGCAUUACUUCGUUUGGUUUCACUGCAAAGACUCUCGAUGAUGUAAUUAGAUACUACACAAAUUGUUGUAGCAUGCUGCCUUCUACUCACAAUAAACUCUUACUAAGAUAUGAAUCACAAAAGGAUCAGUCUAUUAUUGUUGAAGUUGAAUUUGAAUAUGAUCAUGGUUGGCUCAAGAGUCAACUUGAGACCUCACUCCAGGUCUGGCUUGGACAGCGAGAACCCGAAUGCACUCCUCAAGAAGAGCGUUGGAAAUGUCGAAAUUGUCUAUUCGCUUCCAAGUGUCCUGCAAAUACUAAUGUCGACGCUACCAGCAAGCCCGAGUAAUUCAGCUCGAAAAUAACCCGGGUCUGGUCUCUCCUGCUGACUAACAAGAUUGUCUUCUUCAAGUUUAUGGCUCAUAUUCUGACCCUUCCCCCCUAUCAAUUUGUAUUGAGCAUGUAUUUUACUUAUGGUGCAAAAUUGUACCUGUUAGAAACAGAUGUAUGAAGAAAAAUUUGGAUAACUCUUGGUUGAAUUAGCAAAUUUUAAGAAUUAGUAUUUA